UACUUCAUAGUUAUGACCUUCCUUUCUUCUUCCCCUGUUCUUUCAGCACACCAUUGUACCACUUCUACAGCUUCUUCUGUGGCGGCUCUCAAAAUUGGGAUUACAAAGACAGCCAAUGAUACUGGUUUUCCUCUCAGACCUGUGAAGAUGAGUGAUUUGGAGGAAGAGGAGGGCAGAGCAGAGCCUCCAGUAUCCAGCUGUCUGUCGAUGAAGAGUGAUGAGACCAAAGGAAAUCCUCCACUGUUCAGUAAUGAACCUGGACCCUCAGACACAAAAGACAAGAAGAGGAGUCUUGUUUUUGUGGAGGAGUGGCUAUCCUGCUGUGCUUUGUGUCAGGAUGUCCUGAGGGAUCCAGUCUCUACCAGCUGUGAACACUGGUUCUGCAGACAGUGCAUCACCUCAUACUGGGACCAGUCUGCUUCAUCAGGAGACUCCUCCUGUCCCCAGUGUGUAAAAAGAUCCAGAACAAGAGCUAGACUGCAGACAGCCAGUCAGACCAGCACAGUUCAAACAGAUGUUUGUCUGCAGGAGGUUUUAGAUGAACAUAAGAUCGUUCUGAAGAGGAGAUGUGAAUGUGUGACUGAGGGAACUGAUGAAACAGGAAGUGGAACCCUCCUCAACAGGAUCUACACUGAGCUCUACAUCACAGAGGGACAGAGUGAAGAGGUUAAUACCCAACAUGAGGUUUGGCGGCUUGAGACAGUUUCCAAGAUGAAGACCCUUCAUGACACUCCAAUCAAAUGUCACAACAUCCUUAAAGCCUUUCCUGACCAACAGGAACACAUCAGAGUCAUUCUGACCAAAGGCGUUGCUGGCAUUGGAAAAACCUUCACAGUGCAGAAGUUCACUCUGGACUGGGCAGAGGGUUUGGAAAACCAAGAUGUCAGUCUGGUGAUUCUGCUUUCGUUCAGGGAGCUGAACUUGAUCAAAGAUGAGCAGUACAGUCUUCUCAAGCUGCUCCAUGUUUUCCAUCCCACAUUACAGAAAGUCAAGGCAGAGGACCUCGCUGUCUGUAAAGUUCUGUUCAUCUUUGACGGCCUGGAUGAAAGCAGACUUUCAUUGGAUUUCCACAACAAUGAGGUUGUGUCUGAUGUCACACAGGAGUCAUCAGUCAACUUGCUGUUGACAAACCUCAUUGAGGGGAAUUUGCUUCCCUCAGCUCUAGUCUGGAUAACUUCCCGACCUGCAGCGGCCAAUCAGAUCCCUCCUGCAUGUGUUGACAGGGUAACAGAAAUAUGAGGCUUCACUGAUGCCCAGAAGGAGGAGUACUUCAGGAGGAGAGUCAGUGAUGAAGAGCUCUCCAGCAGAAUCAUCUCACACAUCAAGACUUCCAGGAGCCUCCAUACCAUGUGUCUAAUCCCAGUCUUCUGCUGGAUCACUGCUACAGUUCUGGAUCACAUGUUGACCACAGAGCAAAGAGGAGAGCUGCCAAAGACCCUGACUGACCUGUACUCACACUUCCUGCUGGUUCAGACAAAGAGGAAGAAGCAGAAGUAUGAUGAGGGACAUGAGACGUGUCCACAGGAGCUGACAGAGGCAGACAGGGACAUUCUCCUGAAGCUGGGGAGGCUGGCGUUUGAACAGCUGGAGAAAGGAAACAUCAUGUUCUACCAGGAAGACCUGGAGCAGUGUGGUCUUGAUGUCACAGAGGCCUUGGUGUACUCAGGAGUUUGUACAGAGAUCUUCAAAAGAGAGAGUGUGAUCUUCCAGAAAUCAGUCUACUGCUUUGUUCAUCUGAGCGUUCAGGAGUUUCUGGCUGCAGUCUACAUGUUCCACUGUUACACCAACAGGAAGACAAAGGUACUUGAGGACUUCUUGGGGAAAGGCUGGAUAUAUAAAAACCGUGACUCAUCUCUAGAUGUCUUCCAGAGGAGGGUCAUGGAGAAAUCCCUUGAAAGUAAAAAUGGUCAUCUGGACCUGUUUGUUCGCUUCCUUCAUGGUCUCUCUCUGGAGUCCAACCAGAGAUUGUUAGAAGGUCUCCUGGGUCAGACUGACAACUGUACAGAAAUCACCCAGAGAGCCACCAACAAUCUAAAAAAGAGGAGGACCAAAAUCUCUCCUGACAGAAACAUCAACAUCUUCCACUGUCUGGUGGAGAUGAAUGACCACUCAAUUCAUCAGGAGAUAAAAGAGUUCCUGAAGUCAGAGAACAGAUCAAAGAAGAAACUCUCUGAGAUCCACUGCUCAGCUCUGGCCUACAUGCUGCAGAUGUCAGAGGAGGUUCUGGAUGAGUUGGACUUGGACAAGUACAACACAUCUGCAGAGGGAAAACUAAGACUGAUUCCAGCUGUGAGGAACUGCAGAAUGGCUCUGUAA